CCCCCUCCUCCUCCUCCGCCAUGGCGUUCACGUUUGCCACCUUCUGCUACAUGCUGGCCCUCCUCCUCACCGCCGCCCUCAUCUUCUUCGCCAUCUGGCAUAUUAUAGCUUUUGAUGAACUGAAGACUGACUACAAGAAUCCCAUAGACCAGUGUAAUACGCUCAACCCUCUUGUACUUCCCGAGUAUCUCAUCCACGCAUUCUUCUGUGUUAUGUUUCUGUGUGCGACAGAGUGGCUCACGCUGGGUUAUACAGUUUUACUCCCCAUCUCCUAA